UUGAUAGAAAACAGUGUGUUAAUUGGAAAUACCGUUGCAAAUAAUCAUUUUAUAAAAGUUGUUUCUACUCCAAUAGAAUUCCAGAUUACAAGUGCUCUUAUAAAUAAAUUCGCUCCUAAGGAUGACGAUGAAUUUACAAAUGAGUAUGGAACAAUUGGUGAUAAUGAUUACAUAAGACUUGACUUUAUUCCAAUCGAAUCAUGUAUAGAAUCUGAAGAAGAAGAUAUCCCAUCAUCGAGUUCCUCUAGUUCUGAUGAUUCAAUAAUUAUUCAGCCUAGUCAGACAAUCGUACCUACUGAAAGCUCUCCAGAUAAUAGUACCAAAAAGACAAUAAUCAUUGCCUCUUCGGUUGCUGGAGCUUUGAUAAUUAUAAUAAUUGUUAUUGUAAUUAUCUUUUUAAUCUGCAAAAACAAGAAAAAAGAUGAACCUCAGUCAUGUGAAGAAGAUGUGUAUGAUGAUGAAUAUAGUUCAUCUCAAGAAGAAACUCUAAAAGCAGAAAAUCCUACAAGCAAUCAGCAAGAUAAUAACGGUUGCAACAACAAUGAUGAAGCUUCUCAAUCUGUUAAUGUUGUCUAUAUCUAG